AUGGGCAAAUCUAUCAAGGCGAAGGCAUCCUCGGCAAUGACAAAAAAGUCGGGCGUGUCUAAGAUGAAAACGACCUCUGUGGCUAAAAAGUCAGUCAAGAAACGAGUGGAAAUUGACCUACAACAGCCUAAAGACAGGGAUCCAAUCGAUUCCAAGAUGUUGUCUGAAACCCAAACUGAAGUGAAGUGUGUUACCGACGACAAUGAAGCGCAACGCAUGGCUGAUGAGAUUGAGGCAAAACGAAUCGCCGAACGAGAAGCUUGCAGGAGUGGACAUUACGACAGCAUUGUUCCAAACCUGUCGGAGUGGUGGAUGAAGAAUUUAUAUUCAGGAGAUGCUGUCGACAAAGCAUUGGAACGCCAUGACCGUAUCCAUAUGGGUAACGCGCUUUUUAUGGUGUGGGAAGAACGUUUUUCCUGCCGCUUGGAACCAACCCUGACUCCGGUAUGA